UGUUGUCUCCAACUCCACCCGCACCAGUUCCAUUUUCUCAAGCCCCGACUUGAACACGCUUUUCUUGUUCAAACUCAGCUCUGUGUUGAAAUAAAGCAGGAAUGUACGGGGCACCGCAAUAACGUACGUUUAUUUUCCUUUUUCCUCCUGGCGACGCCUGAGACCCCUGACGUUACUAAGGACGAUGGACGACAUUGAGAUGGAGUCCGACAUAGACGAACUAGAAAAUGCAAAGUUGGGCAUGAUAGAAGAUGAAGUUGUCUAUCCUGAGGAGUUCUUACCCACAUAUCACUCUAUUAAAGAAAUGCGGAAAGUGAACCCAACAGUUCAGGUGGAGUAUAAUGACAAAUCCGACUCCUUAUUUUUCAACGACGGUGUGAGGAGGAUUGAUUUCAUUCUGGUGUAUGAAGAUGAGGAAAUAAGGGAGAGGAAGGAGUACGAGAAGAGGCACCAAAUCCAAAGGCAUAAGAGGCGACGAGAGUACUUUGAAGCCAGUCUGAUGAAUAUGGGCAUGGAGCUGGAAGCUGUAAAGUCUGUAGUGGAUGAGGGAGUUGUGUUUGUAAAAGUCCACAUGCCGUGGAAGGUGCUGUGCACCUAUGCCGAGGUCCUGCACAUCAAAGUCCCCAUCCAGCCUAACGACAUGGCCUCCCGCCCAUCCAUGUGGGACUGUAUCUCCUGUUUCACCAAGCACUUCUAUCCCAAUGAAGACCUGAUAAGAAAAGAACCCGAGUUCUUCACUGCGCCCUUCGAGAGAGACCGUCAGGAAUACUUCCAUAUCAAAGACAAAGAUCACUUCUUCACACCAUCCAUGAGGAGCCGGAUGGCAUUUUACAUCCUGAGCAGCGCCCCUUAUGAAAUACGAGGAAACAUCAAGAAGUUUGGCAUCAACAAACUGCUGGAUAGUGGAAUAUACAAAGCUGCCUAUCCCCUUCAUGAUUGCAGGUUUAAUGUCAGGUCUCAGGAAGAAGGCUGUCCUAAUGAGAGGCUUCUGCUCUAUGAAGAAUGGGCUCAUCCCAAGAACUUCUACAAAGUGCAGCCGUUUGACCUCAUAAGGAAGUACUUUGGCGAGAAGAUCGGCAUUUACUUUGCCUGGUUGGGUUUCUACACUUUUAUGCUGGCUCUGGCCGCUGCUGUGGGACUGGCCUGUUUCUUUUAUGGAUAUCGAACUCAAGAAACUAGCACAUGGAGCAAAGAGGUGUGUGACCCAGAGAUCGGAGGAAAGAUUGUCAUGUGUCCUCAGUGUGACCUCUGCAAAUACUGGAUGUUAAACAGCACCUGUGACACCUCAAAGAAGCUUUGCAUAUUUGACAACUUUGGAACUUUAGUGUUUGCUGUUUUCAUGUCCGUCUGGGUCACUUUGUUCCUGGAGUUUUGGAAGCGCUACCAGGCGGAGUUGGAGUACGACUGGGACACUGUGGAGUUUCUGGAGCAGGAAGAGCCACCUCGCCCAGAAUAUGAAGCCAAGUGUAUUUAUGAGAGGAAAAACCCCAUCACAGGGGUGAAAGAAAAGGUUCCCUACACAGCCUGUGGGCGAUGCAUUCGGGUGUCCAUCGGAAUUGGAACAGUCCUGUUUUGGAUUAUGCUGAUCCUGGCUUCCAUUGUGGCCAUCAUAGUGUACCGGCUGGCCGUCUUCUUCGCCUUAUCAAUUAAACUCCGAAACACAGAUGAACUGAAGAAUUUUGAGCCGAUAAAGGAGUACGUGACUCCUCAGAUGGCCACAUCUGUCACAGCUUCCCUCAUCAGCUUUGUUGUUAUCAUGAUCCUCAAUAUUCUCUAUGAGCGAGUCGCCAUCUGGAUCACAGACUUCGAGCUGCCUCGGACCAGAACCGACUACGAAAACAGCUUGACCCUGAAGAUGUUCUUGUUCCAGUUUGUUAACUACUACUCCUCCUGCUUCUACAUUGCCUUUGUGAAAGGAAAAGCAGUCGGCCAUCCCGGCGCUCCCGUUUAUCUCUUGGGAAAAUACCGGAACGAAGAGUGUGAUCCAGGUGGAUGUCUGAUUGAACUGACCACUCAGCUCUCCAUCAUCAUGGGUGGGAAAGCCAUCUUGAACAACAUUCAGGAAGUCCUGCUACCGUGGCUUAAGAAUCAUAUGUCUCGCCUUUGCUGUGGUCGGGCUGCAGAGAAGGUGACUCCACGCUGGGAACAGGACUACAAGCUCCAGGCCAUGUCAAAGCUGGGACUGUUCUAUGAGUACCUUGAGAUGGUGAUCCAGUUUGGCUUUGUGACCCUGUUUGUGGCCUCCUUUCCUCUGGCCCCGGCUCUGGCUCUGCUCAACAACCUGCUUGAGAUUCGGGUCGAUGCUUGGAAAUUCGUCACUCAGUUUCGCCGUAUAGUGCCAGAGAAGUGCCAGGACAUCGGGGCGUGGCAGCCCAUCCUCCAAGGAGUCGCCAUCUUGGCUGUUGCAACAAAUGCCAUGAUCAUUGCUUUUACGUCCGACAUGAUCCCACGACUGGUCUACUACUGGUCUUUUUCUGUUUACCCAUAUGGGGAUCAUAAUAACCACUCCAUGCAGGGAUUCAUCAACAAUUCACUCUCUUACUUUAAUAUCAACGAUUUCCACAACACUUCAAUAGGAAUUGUAAACGAAGAACCUCAGAACAUCACCUUCUGCAGAUACCGAGACUAUCGAUUUCCUCCUGGACACCCCCGGCAGUACGAGCACAACAUGCUCUACUGGCACGUGAUUGCGGCCAAAAUGGCUUUUAUAAUUGUCGUAGAGCACAUUGUUUACUUUACCAAGUUCAUCUUGGCCUACGUCAUCCCAGAUGUCCCGUAUGCUGUCAAAGAACAAAUCAAACGGGAGAAGUACCUGACCCAAGUCAUCCUCCACGAGACCAAGCUGAAGCUGAUGACCAAACGCUCGGUACCACCUGCAGACGGGACUACAGCUAAUGAAGAAUCAAUAGUGACAAAUGAAGAGGAAGAUGAUGAUUGCUGACAAAAUCACACAACGGCCAUCAAAGCCAUCUAGGCUUUAUACAUUAUGCCAAUUAUUACUAUUAUUAGGUCUUUGUUGCACACAAAAAUCUGCUUAAACGGUCUGAAGGAUGGAGAAACCACAUUUUUAAUCACUAUUUUUUUGUUUUUGUUUUUUUAUUCCCUUAGUGGGGUUUGGAAUAAGUGUGCAUUGACAUCUGUGUGUCCUAUUAUUUUCUGGGAAUAUCGGUGGAUCCUGCUACUCUUGUUUCCGUCAGACUUGUUCCAUGUACAGCACCAGAUGGGAUGUUGGGAAACAUUUGAUCUUCUGUAAAUACAUUUUACUAUAAUUGUUGUAAUUCAGCAUUAAAAUCUGUUCACGUUUAGCUGUGAGCAUUUUAAUCUGAAGAGUCAGUACCUCAUUUACAACAAUCAUUAGACCUCUGACGUGUCUCUGAAAAGCGUAGAUUCUGUAAGACCAAACGCUCUUCAAACUGACAUAUUGUAUUUAUUAAUAAGUGCCUUUUUUCUUCCUGACUGUAACAAUUAGGUCAAAAUGAAUUUCUAUACUUUGCUGGCAGUAGCGUAAGGGUCUGACAUUCCCAGACAGCUUUUACUUACAUGCUGUCAUUAAGUAUCAGUAUUGCAUACAGGUUUGCACCACUGCUCUGUGCAAUGCUUUUGUUAUUAUUAAGUGUUUUCAUUUUUAUUUUCACACUUAAUCUGUUAAAACCCAAGGUUUUUAGUAUGAGUGCACAUGUAAAAAUGUACAUUGUUUGAGCUAACCAGCUCCGUGGCCUAGUGAUGGAUUGUCUACCCUGGGACUGGGAGACCGGGGUUUGAUUCCCAGUCGGUUCAUACCAAAGACUUUAAAAAUGGGACCCAACGCCUCCCUGCUUGACACUCAGCUUUAAGGGGUUGGAUUGGGGGGUUAAACCACCAAAUAGUUCCCGUGGCGCAGCCACCCUCCAUGGGGAUGGGUCAUAUAUGGAGAUGAAUUUCACCAGUGUGUGAUGAUGACUAUGGGACUUGAACUUUAACUAGCAUAAUGGACUUGAAUAGAAAACGUUAAAUGAAUCUGUCACAAGCAUUCAGAUUGCCAUUAAUCAUGCUUUCAAAUACAUAGUGUAUCCUAUAACUGCAGUGUAAACGCUUUCUGUCUGUCACUGUUUUCUGCUUCAAGUCCACAGCCAUCACCACUGAAGUUCAUGUUAAAUAAAAUUUGACCAUAAAUGACGCACCUGAUGUUUUUAAAUGUUUAACAACCAGAAAUGCAUUGUUACUUUUCUGUUCUAAAGAAUGGUACGACAUUUAUUAGGUGCACCAAAGGUGACAUUUGAAAGUUUGAUUUGAUUUAUCUUCUUUGUUUUUGCAAUUAAUAUAUUUUUAUCACAUUAAAUAAAAAAAACUGUUGAAAGUAU